AAGUAUGCAGAGCAGUCUUGCAACACGGUCUACUGCUGGAAAGGGAACAGACAAGCUUUUCAUUUUACAGUCCUUGCAUCUGUGGGAGCAGAUAUGUCUCUGAGCACUAUUGUUGUGGCCAUCCUGGUUUUCCUGACCAUACAUGAAGAUAGCGCUGUGGGAGAUAAAAUGGUGAAUCUGCGCUGUCAUUGCAUUACCAAGGAAAGGAAGCCCAUUGGCCGUCACAUAUUGGUAUUGGAGGUGCAUCCUGCGAGCUCUCACUGUGCAGAAACUCAAAUCAUAGCAACUCUUAAGAAAGGCAAGCGAAAGGUUUGCCUGGAUCCCAAUGCUCCAUGGGUCAUAAGAGUUAUGCAGAACAGGCGUGCAAAGCAGAAAGUCCAAGAACAAACCGCCAAAGCAUAGAUUUUCAUCAUGGAAGCUUCAAAUGUAAACAGCAACAACACUUGCUGACUGAAGUGAGAAAUAUUCUGCAAGAACUGACAGGCAAGAGAAUGGAUACCAAGAAAAGAAAAUAUUUUCUAGGAAAAUAUUACAUGUUAUUAACAGUGUCUUG